AUGGAUGAUACUGUAAAGAAAUGCCUUUUAUCAGCAGAAGAAGUACAGACAAUUAAGAAGAAGGUCCAAAAAGUGGAAAAGCAUCAAGAAAGACAAGACAACAAGCUGCUUAUGCUUCAAAUGGAAAAAUCUAACCUUAUUCUCGGCUUCCGGGGAUUGAGGGAGGAAGAUGGGGAUAUCCUUAGAGACAUUUUAUCAACGGCAAAAACAAUACGCUGUCCUCCCCUUGGUCUUGAAACAUUAAAGAUUAGUGACUUCCAGCUCCAUGCCUCUACAGUAAAACGAUAUGGCCUCGGGGCCCACAGAGCACGGCUAAAUAUUCAGGCAGGUGUUAAUGAGAAUGAUUUUUAUGAUGGUGCUUGGUGUGCAGGACGGAACGAUCCGUACCAGUGGAUUGAAUUAGAUGCUCGGAGGCUAACAAAGUUCACAGGCGUUAUCACGCAGGGAAGAAAUUCUCUCUGGCUGAGUGACUGGGUAACCUCUUACAAAGUAAUGGUGAGCAAUGAUAGUCACACCUGGAUCACUGUCAAAAAUGGAUCUGGAGACAUGAUUUUUGAAGGCAAUGAUGAAAAAGAGAUCCCAGUCCUCAACGAACUGCCUGUACCUCUUGUUGCACGUUACAUUCGGAUAAACCCCCGAACAUGGUAUGAAGAAGGAAGCAUAUGCAUGAGGCUUGAGAUCUUAGGUUGUCCUUUGCCAGAUCCAAAUAACUAUUAUCACAGAAGAAAUGAAAUGAUGACAACAGACAACCUUGAUUUUAAGCACCACAACUAUAAAGAAAUGAGGCAGCUGAUGAAAGUUGUAAAUGAGAUGUGUCCAAACAUCACAAGAAUUUACAAUAUCGGGAAGAGUCAUCAAGGGCUAAAGCUGUAUGCUGUUGAAAUCUCAGACAACCCAGGAGAACACGAAGUUGGUGAACCUGAAUUCCGAUACAUGGCAGGGGCUCAUGGGAAUGAAGUGCUUGGGCGAGAGCUGCUACUUUUGUUAAUGCAGUUCAUGUGCCAGGAAUAUCUGGCUGGAAAUUCACGCAUUGUACGCCUCAUUGAAGAUACGAGAAUUCAUCUUCUUCCUUCAAUCAACCCAGAUGGAUAUGAGAAAGCUUAUGAAGUGGGCUCAGAAUUAGGAGGAUGGUCUUUAGGACGGUGGACUGAAGAUGGCAUUGAUAUCAACAAUAAUUUCCCUGACUUAAAUACUCUGCUUUGGGAAGCUGAAGAUCGGUGGAAGCUUCAAAGGAAGGUCCCUAAUCAUCACAUACUGAUUCCAGAUUGGUACCUGUCUGAAAAUGCUACAGUGGCAGUUGAAACGCGAGCAGUAAUAGCAUGGAUGGGGAAAAAUCCAUUUGUGCUUGGGGGCAACUUACAGGGAGGAGAGCUGGUCGUAGCCUAUCCCUAUGAUAUGGUCCGGUCAACAUGGAAAACACAGGAGCACACACCUACCCCAGACGAUCACGUGUUUCGAUGGCUGGCAUAUUCCUAUGCAUCCACUCAUCGAUUAAUGACAGAUGCCUGGAGGAGAGUUUGCCACACAGAGGACUUUCAGAAGGAAGACGGAACUGUAAAUGGAGCAUCAUGGCACACUGUUGCAGGAAGUAUAAAUGACUUUAGCUAUCUACAUACAAAUUGUUUUGAGCUAUCUAUAUAUGUCGGCUGUGAUAAAUAUCCUCAUGAAAGUGAAUUACCAGAAGAGUGGGAAAACAACCGAGAAUCCCUCAUUGUUUUCAUGGAGCAGGUACACCGUGGCAUUAAAGGCAUAGUGAGAGAUCUACAUGGAAAAGGAAUUCCAAAUGCCAUUAUUUCUGUAGAAGGUGUUAACCAUGACAUCCGUACAGGUAAUG